CGCUUGCUUUAAUUAUAGCUCUCGUGACGGACUCGAACACAUUCCUUGGGAUUCGUAAAUUCAUACACCGAAAAAUUAUCGGCAUGCCAUAGCUCAUCUAACUGUGCCCAUCUUCAGGGAACAAAGCGAUCAAUGCCUUAGCCUUAUUCAGCAGCAGGUCUGCGUUGACCACGAGUGAUGAUUCCACCAAUCACUAGCAUACUCCCCCUCUCUAUCGUGGGACUUUCUGUUUUCUGCCAUACUUGUGCUGCAUUUUAUUUCAACUCGGUUGACAGCGAUGACAAGGAAAUACUGAAACAGCCUUGGGGUCCCACCAUUGGCGUGAAACAAGCCAUCGUGAAUCCUGUACUUAUGGAAGUUAACGGCGGUGGAAAUACUCAAGUGGACACUGUCAGCGAACCCGAGACUGGUGGGAUAGAGGACUUCUUUCAUCCUAAACCAAACAUUACUCACCUGCCGGAGAUGAAAUGUGCGGGGGUACGCGACGAGCGGUACCGGUGCUGUCGCGUGUAUGACGACAUGGUGGAGGCCUGGUGGUGUCCCGAGAGUCGACCCUUCUGCUGCCAGCAGGAGACCGCAUGCGCCGUGUGCUGCACCGUCGACGAGAUGCGCGACCAGGAGAGCCGCCGGCUGCUGGGCGCGGGCGAUUGCCGCCAGAGGUCUUCCGUCGUCCAUCCUCAACCGCCGUCGCCGCCGGUCGAUGACGAAAGCUGGUUCUGGAACGGCAUGAAGGCGGCCUGGUUGACGAUGGUGGGAGUGCUGCUGGCCUCCCUUUGCUGCACGUGCGUCGCUCACAAAUGCAUCACGUACCUUGUCAGCGUCAUUAACGACGAUAGCGAGGACCUGGAGGAGGAGUACCUGGCGUACCACUUCGACAACAUGACACUGGUGGGCGGUGAGGACCACCCGACGGGCCAGCCUACCGCCAACAGGAGCCAGCUGCCGCCCAAGUACUCCGACAUCAACUUCAUGCCGGUCCAGCCAGAGGUGGCCGCCAGCAGACAGACGCCGGCCGAGCCUCCGCCGGUGUACACCAGCGACGUGGAGCCAGAGACGGCCGACCCCGGGCCGCCGCCGCGACCUGCCCCGCCCAACGAAGUCUGAAGCGUCGCGCUCUCCCCUGCCCCGCACACUACCCCAGCGACGGCACACCGAAGGGGAGCAUUCCACCGAACGAAGCACCGCACCCUUCCCGUCCCCUCCCCCUCACCGAUGACAGACCGGAGAGACUAGCCCGCCGAGCAAGGUCUGAAGCAGCGUGCGUUUCUCUGUCUGCCUUGACCCCCCACCUCAAGAAUACUGUACGUGCAUCAGUAACAAAGUCCCAAACAUGUGGCUCUUCGGAUCUCCGAGCUCCUCGUUUAACGUGCGCCGCCACGAACACAGAAAAAUUGCAUGCUCCUUCCCUCCUCCAUGCCAUUAUUGUGCAAGCGUAGCGAAGGCGUGUCACCAGCAGAAACUCCAUCCAGGCUAGAUCUAAAUCACGUCCUUCUGAGUCCCAUUACUUCCCGAGUUAGCCUCCGCGGACACUCGCUAUUUCAAACAAGGCCUGAAAGUCGGUCACCUCAGGUUUCCUUCUUUGAAGGCAUCUCGCCGAAACAUGUCUCACACGAGGUUUUCAGUCUGAACAAAACCUGAAGAGUAACGUGUGUGAUCUGCGCCUGCCGACCCCUCCCAGCGCAUUGGAACACGGACGCACGCACUGAACGGAAGAGGCUCCGAGAGCCGUUUGGAACCCCCUGUAGAGGGUGGUUUAAUCAAUGUCACGAUGUCAAUUUUUGACGCUGAGCGGUUGUCAAAAGGGCGAAAUCGAUAAACUGGUCAAUAAAUGGCUAUAAACGUGA